GAUGUCGUUUUUACUUGAUUGUCUUACUUUGAAGUCCUAUAAAAGGGACCUCCAUUCAUCACCAUCAACAGUUCUAGCCGUGUGUGCUUAAGAAAGGUUUAGUUUUGGUUUUCGAAUAGUAACAAGCUCAUCAUGAUUAAACGAUCAUGCAAAAGCUUCGUGUUGGUUGUGUUAACAUUACUUUCGGCAACGGUGGUGGUUAGAGGUCGGCAAGAAAACAAUUCCCAAUCCUGUCCAACGGAAUGUGGUUACGAUGCGCUGUCAGCUAGGUUGGAAUAUCUGCAGUACAAGCUGAUCGAGAUGGAUUUCGCACUGAAGGAGGAUCGAGAAUCAAUCGAACAGAAGUUUUCACAACAGACGAACCUUUCGGAGGGGUUGUUGUGGGCAUUGCAUCAACUGAGUCAUCUGCUGAGUCACAAUCUUACGGUAUUGCAAACUCAGACGGGUAAAAUACUUUCGCAACAGACUUCCUGCGCCAGUCACGAACAGAUGAGAAAGGAGAUCCAACUGAUGACACUAAAGGAAGGAACAUUUACAGCGAAGAGUCGUCCAUCGGCUGAAGUACCAAGCAAAGAUUGCCUGUAUCAUAGGUAUAGAUCGUGCAAGGAAGUGCCUAGUAAGGAAUCUGGAAUGUAUCUGAUACACCCGAAUGGUAAUAAGGAACCGUUUAUAGGUUAUUGCGAGCAGACACGAUUCGAUGGCGGUUGGCUCGUGAUACAGCAACACACGAACGAAUCAUUGAAUUUCUAUCGCAGCUGGGACGCGUAUCGGGAUGGUUUUGGAAACAUCGGACGAGAGUUCUGGAUCGGGUUGGAACGUUUACAUCGGUUGACGGCGACAUGGCCGUAUGAGUUGGUGGUGAAGUUGGAAGACUUUAGUGGAAAGUAUCUGUACGCAAAGUAUAAGGAGUUUCUGAUUGGUAAUGAGACGGAACAAUACCCCUUGAAGAAGGUCGGCGAAUAUUCCGGCACGGCAGGUGAUUCACUGUCAUCUCACCAGUAUAUGAAGUUUUCGACUUUCGAUCGUGAUAACGAUCAAAGACCGGGCGAAAGCUGUGCCGUCUUGAGUGAAGGUGCCUGGUGGUAUAAUAAUUGCCAUUAUUCGAAUCUGAACGGGCGGCGUAUGAACAAGAAUGACCUCAAGUCGAUGAGUUGGUACCAUUAUAAAAACAGUUCUGUUGGAAUGGCUUACUCGAGAAUGAUGAUAAGAGAACUUUAGGAAUUAUGUGAGACUAAGCUGUGUAUUGUUAAGAAAUUCUUCAUUCUAUUUUCUUCAAUUUUGGUUGCUAAUAAAACCUAAAUUUAAAUGAUUUGUUCUAAACUUUUAAUGCCCUUUAUUGAAAGCAUGUUUGAGAGUUUUUUUUGAGAUAAAAUUUGAAGUGCUUGAAGCUAUUAUAAAUUUUUCCAGUCUGGUUGCUGAGCAUUAGGAAACUUUCUUCCAAUGUCUGCAAAUUAUUUCGAACAAUUAAAACCCGUCAUUUGCAUGGUUACAAAACUUAGCAUAAAUCCUCAUUAUCAGCAUGCAAAUGGUUCUUGUUGCCCCAUUCCAUCCCCGACCGCGUGCGUACAUUUAAUCUCAUUUCACUGCAAUAAAUUUCAUCACUUGCUGCUUAACAAGCGCUACCCAUCCGAUGGGAUUACACCAGUCAGAUCAGUUGUAAAAUUGGACAUUUUUCUCACUUCUUGACGCACUCCUGGCUUUAGAUCGCUUUUUGUUUUAUUCUUGCCAACUACAGCCGAUGAAUCUUUUUUAGAUUUUACAACAUCUCAGCCGCACAGAGGCGGCAUUCUUGCCGUCCCUCGUCGCUACCAGCUCCAUCCAUCACUGGUGAAAACAUGGCCGAUAAAGAAGAAGAAAAAUUAUGCGAAUAAAUUCUAGUUGUAGAUAAAAUUUACGCGCCUUGCUUUUGCGGGCCGGGGAUUCCUUCGGGAGGUCGUCCCCCAACCGGUGGUUU